CCAACUCCCUUCCGCUACAACCAAAUCCGCGCGGGCGGUGGACCAUCAAUAUGAGGUUCUAUAUCGAUAACCUCCCAGUGCUAUUCCCAUAUCCCCGAGUAUAUCCAGAGCAAUAUGCCUACAUGUGCGAUCUCAAGCGCACCCUGGAUCAGGGUGGCCACUGUGUCCUCGAGAUGCCUUCAGGAACGGGCAAAACCAUUUCUCUGCUCUCACUCAUCGUCGCUUACCAGCAGCACUAUCCUGAAAAACGCAAGCUGAUCUACUGUUCGCGUACCAUGUCCGAGAUCGAAAAGGCCUUGGCUGAACUUAAGGCGCUGAUGAAAUACCGCACUACCGAGCUGGGCUACGAGGAAGAAUUUAGGGGUCUUGGAUUGACCAGUCGGAAAAACCUCUGUCUGCACCCGUCCGUCAAGCGAGAAAAGAGCGGGACCGUAGUAGACGCGAGAUGUCGCAGCUUGACUGCUGGCUUUGUGAAAGAGAAAAGGGAGCGCGGCGAGGAUGUCGAGCUUUGCGUGUACCACGAGAACUUGGAUCUUCUGGAACCUCACAAUCUCAUACCGGCUGGUGUGUGGACUUUCGAUGGCAUACUGAAGUAUGGUGAGCAGCAGAAACAGUGUCCUUACUUUACAGCCCGGAGAAUGAUGCCCUAUUGCAACGUCAUCAUCUACUCCUACCAUUACCUCUUAGAUCCCAAGAUCGCAGACAGAGUAUCCAAAGAACUAUCCAAAGACUGCAUCGUCGUUUUCGACGAAGCCCACAACAUCGACAACGUUUGCAUCGAAUCUCUCAGCAUCGAUCUUACCGAGGAUGUACUCCGGAAAGCUACCAAAGGUGUCAACAACCUUGAUCGCAAGAUUACAGAAAUGAAGACUAGUGACGCGGCCAAAUUGCAAAAUGAAUACGCGAAGCUAGUCGAAGGUCUCAGAGCUGCCGAUGAAGCGCGAAACGAAGACGCCUUCAUGGCUAAUCCAGCAUUACCAGACGAUCUCCUCACAGAAGCCGUGCCCGGUAACAUACGGCGAGCGGAGCACUUUGUUGCCUUCCUCAAGCGCUUCAUCGAGUACCUCAAGACGCGCAUGAAGGUGCUCAACGUCGUCGCAGACACACCACCAGACUUUCUCAAACAUUGCAAAGACUUGACCUUCAUCGAGCGGAAACCACUCCGAUUCUGCGCUGAGCGUUUGACAUCACUUGUCCGAACCUUGGAACUCACUAAUAUUGAAGACUACCAGCCGCUCCAGGAGGUCGCUACCUUCGCCACGCUAGUAGCCACAUACGAGACCGGCUUCCUCUUAAUCAUUGAGCCCUUCGAAUCAGCGACGGCAACAGUACCAAACCCUGUUCUACAUCUCACUUGCUUAGACGCGGCCAUAGCCAUCAAACCCGUCUUCGAGCGCUUCUACUCCGUUAUCGUUACUUCCGGAACCAUGUCUCCGCUCGACAUGUACCCACGCAUGCUCAACUUUAAUACCGUUGUUCAAGAGUCAUUCACCAUGACACUCACACGAAAGACAUUCCUACCCAUGAUCGUCGAUCGUGGCAACGACCAGAACCAAGUCACAUCGCAAUUCGAACACCGCAACGACUUGCAAGUGCAGCGAAAUUUUGGCAAUCUGCUCAUCGAGUUCUGCAAACUGACGCCAGACGGCGUCGUCGUAUUCUUCCCGUCAUAUCUCUACAUGGAGAGCAUCAUCUCAGCAUGGCAAGGCAUGGAAAUCCUCGACACAGUCUGGAAGUACAAACUCAUCCUCGUCGAAACGCCCGACGCACAAGAAACCGCCCUCGCGCUAGAAACCUUCCGCACAGCCUGCAACAACGGCCGCGGCGCCGUCCUCCUCUGUGUCGCGCGAGGAAAGGUCAGCGAAGGAAUCGAUUUUGACCACCAUUACGGCCGCUCUGUGCUGUGCAUGGGUGUACCAUACCAAUACACGGAAUCCAGGAUCCUAAAAGCCCGACUAGAGUUCCUGAGAGAAACCUACCGCAUCAAAGAAGCAGACUUCCUCUCCUUCGACGCCAUGCGCCACGCAGCCCAAUGCCUAGGUCGCGUCAUCCGUGGUAAAGACGACUACGGAAUCAUGGUCCUGGCAGACAAACGCUUCAACAAGAAGCAAACCCAACUCCCAAAAUGGAUCCAACAAGGUCUUGACGCCAAGAGCACAAAGCUAUCCAUCGAUCAGGCUGUAGGCGCAGCAAAGGCCUUCUUGAAAGACAUGAGUGUCCCAUUCAGCCGAGCAGAACAAGAAGGCCAUUCGUCGUGGUCGCUGGAAGAUCUGGAGGCUCAUCAGCGCAAGAAGGAGGCUCAUGGAAUUAGUGGGACUGACAACCCGGCUAUGCGCGCGUUGGAAGGUAGAGCCGAAGUCGAGCGCAUGGAGGUUGAUGGGGAGGUGGAUGAGUUUGGCGGCACGGCGGAUGUUGAUGCUGAGAUGGCUGAGAUGGCGACCGUCGAUGGAUAGAGUCGCGAAGGCGACAAACCACUCCCGUGUGUAUAUCGCCACAUGGAAGGCGGUGUUAGUGAGACCGGGAAUUCAUCAUCGUAGCGCUUGGGUUGGAUAAUGUAUU